GAAGUCAGCGGUCGCCAUCCGGCAGGACCUCACGCUCAUGUUCAUCGCGGAAAGCGUUUUCUGGUCAUCAAUCCACUGGCAAUAUUCUCCGCUGCGAUACACGGACAUAGCCCGGCCUAUCGAAUGCCGCUCGAGCCAGAAAUAAGAUGCUGGACCAUCUGGCAUAGACUACCGACGGACGACUGAUGCCUGAAUGAGGAGACCUCGAAAGCAACCUGGCCGGCUUACACGACAUCCGCAUCGUGUCGAUGACCGCUGUUCUAGAACCAGCCUCCAAGCGGUCCAUAAACCAAGUAGUGUUGACGUGGGACGUCCUGCUCUUUGAGGAAGUUGAUUACCGACUCUAGCGCAUAUACUCUGUGGUAGUGGGCUAGUCUCCCAUGGAAGCCAAGGCUGUGAGAGUGGUCGGGUGAUACCGAGGAAGAGCCACCGAAUAGCGACGUCCCAGCGCUCGAAGGCGGUCCAUAGCUUCAACCAGCGACGUGCAUGAUGUCCCCCCAGUCGUUCACCCCAGCGGGACGUCAGGACGAGCAUUCGAGUGUCGCCGACUACCUUGAUUCGUCGCGCACCUUCCACGCCUACGCGUCUGUUUACAAUUAGCUUCCAAACGCGAUGCUCACGGAGAGAGCGAAGCGCUUGGAGAUCUGCUCGUCCAUAACGAACGCCGCGCGAUCUGCCGAGGAGCUGGGGGAGCCGGAGCGUCGAGGGUCGGUCUCGUGCCUUCAGUGUGGGCAGCCACUGGCCACGGGGAUUGGCGUCUUUGGCGUUGUCCUCGGCCCUCAUAAACUGAUUUCUUGACUUCAUCGACCUUCUCCACGCCCUUCAUCUUCUCUUGGGAGACUGCACAACUGUCGCUGAGCCUCGUGAGGGUCGGGGUAACUGCAGGCCAUGAUACCAAACGAUCCGUUCGACCCGCUCACUAUGCAACUCCUCAUACAACGCACCCCCGCCGGUGCGCAGCCCACGCGCGUCCACGCCAUUCCUGUUGGGCUCUCCGGUCGUUCUGAUGCUGGUCGUGAGAAUCGCAGACUCGGAGGUGAUCCGCCGUUCGUGGCAAUCCCGGAGCCCGACCUCGCUUUACCACCUGGCCUGAACCUACUAGAUACUAGACAGUUCGGGGAGAAUGACGUUCCCUGGAGCCAGUCCCACCCGUAUAGCACUGCACAGAUCAAUAGCUUUCCGGGUACAGGCUAUGUAGCACCGCCCGCAGGUUUCGACUUUCAACCUCGUAACCCACCUCUGCCCUACCCCAAUCAUGGAACUCAAGGAUCUGCCUACGGAGGCUCCAGUCGUGGAUCGUUUAGACCCAGACUGCAAGUCUCCAAUCCUCGGGUGACGCAGGUUUCCUCCGAAAAUCGCUUCGCUUCUCGUCCAGCGUACGCCGGCGCUGAUCUUGAGCCCUCCUCGUAUGCAUCUUCUACCAGUCCGGCUCUAGGCGGAGUUCCUCCAACUCACAGAGCGUCGACUUCGGAUGGUGUCACGUCCCUCGCGUGCAUUGAUCCACGACUCCUCGAGAGGACAUCGAGCUCGCCUCCUGCUUACUCGGCGCAGUACGCAAACGCUAGCGAUCCCGCAUCCUUGCAAGCGACGGGUUCGAAGAGGGUGGAAUACAAUGGUGCGGGCCCGUCCAACGGCACGUUGGCUAUGGAUCAUUUCGUAGGAUGCGCCCCAGGGUUCGGAAUUGGCACUUCCAACAGCUUCAAGGGCGUCUCUGGCAAAAUUAUUAAGGCUUCUCGGAAGGCAUUCCCUCUGAUCCGUCGCGGUAACACGUCCUAUCCUCCCGCCGCCGAGUACGUUGACGACGGCGUCGCGAAAUAUGCCUGCCCCGAAUGCUUGGAGCACCACCACUUGCACGCGUACUUGAGAAGGAAGGAGUAUUACCGGCAUUAUAGGGACCACCACGAGGGCAAAUCCCGUCUUAGGUGUCCUGCGCGAGGAUGUAACCAAACGUUUCCACCUGCCCGCGCUUACCAGCUUGGAAAUCAUGUCAGGGACAAACACGAGGACGCCUGUUCUGUCCUCUCGUCUGAGGCCACUGUAUCCCCAGUCAACGACGAAAACGGGGCUAAUUAUGUCGCUUUCCCCUUCGGCAAAGACUGAGUAAUUAACAAUCGUUGCUCGCUCCCGCUUGAGCUUUGGCUUGGUCUCCUUCAUUGACCAUUGCGAUGUCGAGACUUGCUACACGUAUUAUUGUUUGCGGCCUGGUCGCCCCUGUCACUUUGCGUUGCUCGCUGAUAGUCUUCUUGCUUUGUAUGGUGGUACUGGUCAACCAUCUCUAGCCUCCUUCCGCCGACUCCUGUAAGGCCGGUACAGUACGUUGACCACUGAUCAUCUCGUGCGCAUAGAUAUCGCGUAGGUAGGUAGGUAGUGACAUGCAAUUUGUUGAGUAAUCAAUGUUUAUGUCGAGAAGUAUAGCCUUGCAC